AUGGCUUCAUCAACUCUCCGCCCUCACCGCUCCCCCUCUCCUUCUCCCGGCUCUGGUCAAGCCAUCAAUCCCAACAAUCCCGCCAAGCUCACGCGUCAGUCGCUCGGCCCGCCCACCACGUCUGGCAACUCGUCGGCGGCGCGCGGUUUCGGCGCUCUAGGCACCUCGCCUGGUAGCAGCUCUGGGUUCUCCUCCCAGCCCCGCCACGUCUCGAGCUCGGUCGCCAUGGGCCUCGGCAGCCUCUCCAACCAGCGCGAUUCGCUCUCCCCCCGCCCCGCGACGUUGACAGGACGCACCGUCAGCGGUAGCUCGAACCAGGUGCGGCCCUCUUCCGAGUUCCUCCCUACUGGCGCGGCGCGCGAUCAGGCUCGGACGCCCGAGGCCGAGCAGAUUGACCAGUGGUUCAAGCACCUCGCCUCGUGGGAGGCCACUCUGGAGGAGAUGGCCGCGGCGAGCACGGAUCAGAACUUUACCGAGGAGCUCGGAGCCAUUGAGCAGUGGUUCCGCGUUCUGUCCGAAGCUGAGCGUACGGCCGCGCUGUACUCGCUCCUUCAGCACUCGACCUCCGUACAGAUCCGGUUCUUCCUCAGCGUUCUCCACCACAUGGCCCAGGCCGACCCCAUGACCGCCAUGCUGUCACCAGGCCCAGCGGCUGGCCCGGCUGCCGCCGCUGCUCACUCCCAGAUGGACAGCAAGCUUGCCGGUAUGGGUCUCAAGUCGCCGUCUGCUGGCGGCGGUGGUGCAGGCUUUGCUGGCUCGCCCACCACCCACAACUACCUCGCGCCCGAGUCGGCGCUCGAUUCGGUCAUGUCCAAGCCCAAGAUACGCCAGAACCGCAUCUCUGCACCAGGAACCCUCACCUCGUCGAACGAGUCGCGCUGGUCUAGCAACUUGGAUCAGGUUAUCGAGCGUGGACCCUCGCCUGGGCUCGAGAGCGUGCGUAGCCGCAGCCCCCAGCCAGACAUGCGGCCCAAGUCGACUGACUUUGCGGGCGGCGCAGGCGCGCACGACGACCGCUACAGCUCCAGCUCGGCGACCCCGCGUCUCAGUGCCGGCCCUGGCUCGCUUGGCCUUGGCUUCCCCGGCUCGGACCAGUCGCCCAACGCGGCCAGCCCGCUGCUCAACCCCUCUGGCAACUGGUCGUCGAUUCAGAACACGCCCAUGAACCUCAUGUUCAACCAGGACAACAAGAACGAGCCUAUCAACGCGGCGCUGAGCUUUGCGAACUUGCAGCUGGCCGCUGGCGCCGCUGCGGCGGCCAACCGCGUCCAGCUCGACGAUGCACGCAAGUACCGCCGACCCGGGGGUGGCACUACUGCUCCGUCGAGCCGUAACGUAUCCGGCGCCUCCGCGUACGGUGACGACGACGGCCGCACCUCGCCACUCCCGCCCUCCGGCAACGCGUUCGGCUGGAACAGCAGCGGCGGCAACCGCAGUGGCGGCGACUUUGGCGGCCUGGGCCUCGGCGAUCCCAACCUUGCCAACCUGAACAUGAACCUCGCGAACCUCAACCUCGCCGGAAUGAACCCGCUCAGCCCCAACGCGAUGCAGGUACUGGCGCUGGCUCAGGCGCAGCAGGUCGCGCAGGCGGCGCAGGGACUGCAGGCAGCCCAGCUCGGCCAGUACGGCGGACUGGGCCAGAACCUUAACGCCCCCCGGCCCAGCAACCGCGUCCCCUCGGGUCGCCGCAGCCCUAUGCUUGGCCACAAGGCCGCAAGCCCUGGGCCAGCGGGUCCUGCAGCCGGCGGCGGUGGUGCCGGGGGUGGUGCGGGUGUCGCCGGCCCUGACGACGUCGACCAGAAGGUGCUUGAGGACGUGUCGACUUGGCUACGUGUGCUCCGCCUCCAUAAAUACACCACCAACUUUGAGCACACGAAGUGGCGUGACAUGGUCAUGAUGAACGAAGGCGACCUUGAGCGGUACGGCGUUGCUGCGCAGGGUGCUCGCAGCAAGUUCCUCAAGGUGUUCUACAACGUGCGCACAAAGUUUGACAUUCCACACCCGCCAGGGCAAGAGGAGUAUGCCCCGACCAAGGAGUAG